AUGGCCGAGAGUCCGAGCCUGCGGACGCUGGUCCAGACCAACCUCCUCGAGAAGAUGAUCAAGGCCACGAGCGUGGCCUCGCGCAGCUGGGUCGUCCUCGUGCUCGACGACGCGACGACGGCCGUCGCCUCGCCCGUGGUGCGCAUGACCGACCUCACGGAGCGCGGGGUCUCGAUCGUCGAGCGGCUCGAGCUCGCACGGCAGCCGUUCCCGGAGAUGGCGGUGAUCUACUUUAUCGCGCCGUCGUCGAUUGACAAGGUCCUCGCCGACUUCAAGGCCCCGGACAAGCCCAUGUACGGGUCCGUCCACAUCUUCUUCAACGCCCGCGCCACGUCCGACGACGUGGCCAAGUUCAAGGCCUGUCCCGCCCUCUUGCCGCGCCUGCGAACGCUCAAGGAGGUCAACGUCGACUUCCUCGCGCUCGAGCGCGCGGCCUUCUCGCUCGAUAUGCCGAACGCACUCCAUACGCUGUACUCGCCGCACGCGGCCCUUAGCGUCGAUCCGCUGCUCCAGCGCAUGAGCGCGCAGCUUGUCACGGUCUGCGCGACCCUCGAAGAGUACCCGUACGUGCGCUACAAGGCCGGGCAGCAGAAAAUGGAGGUGCUGGCUCGUCUUUUCCAGGCCAAGAUGAACGAGUACGUGGCGUCGAACAGCUCGUUUGCCUACUGCCCAUCUCGAUCGACGCUGCUCUUUGUCGAGCGCUCGCAAGACCAGCUGUGCCCGCUCGUGCACGAAGUGACGUACCAAGCCAUGGUCUACGACCUCCUCGACGGCGCGGGGCUCCAAGGCGACGCGAUUAGCUACCCGGCCGAGACGCAGACGGGCACAGUGACCAAGCAAGCGCUUCUGAACGAGCACGACGCGCUCUGGACCGAGCUGCGCCACACGCACAUUGCCGAAGUGAGCAAGGACAUUGGCGGACGCAUGGCGGCGCUCUCGUCGUCCAACGCCGGCACGUCGCUGCAAGGCAAAGGCAAGGCACCGGACGUGAGCCAGCUCGCGGCCGCCCUCCGAGAGCUACCUGAGUUUCGCGAUACGCUGAGCAAGCUCUCGCAGCACCUGUACCUCGCCGGCAAGACGCUGGACGAGUACACAAAGCACAACUUGCUCGGCGUCUCGACUCUGGAACAGAGCCUUGCGACCGGCGUGGACGAAAGCGGCAAGAAGAUCAAGCUCCCCAAAGUCCUCAAGGACAUGGAGGACCUGCUGGGGGAUCCCAAGAUUCCAGCGUCGGACAAAGCCCGACUGCUCGCGAUCUUUAUCAUUACGCAGGACGCGGCCAAAGACGCCGACCGCCGCAAGCUCUUCCAGAUCGCGCAGCUGCCGGUCGUGACGGACAAGGCGCUGCAGAACAUGAAGUACCUCGGCGUCUUUAUGCAGAAGAUUGCAGUCGUCUCGAACGCGACGGGGCACAACUUGACGUCGGACGAGAUCAAGGAGUCGGCCAAGAAGGCGACGAGCGCCGAGUACGCCACCGCCCGCUACGAGCCCAAGCUCAAGGGCUGGAUCGACAAGCUCCUCAAGAAGACGCUGGAUGCGACCGAGUUUCCCUAUGUGAUUGCGCCGCCGCCCGCAAGCAGCGCGAGCAGCGGCAGUCCCACGGCCGCUAAGAAGGCAGAACCAACGUCCUUGCGCAAGAAGAUCGCAGCCAAAGUCACGGGCAAAGCCUCGGAUGCUACGUCGUCGACGACCAAGGAUGCGUUCACAGGCGAGAAGCUCAUUGUGUUCAUCGCGGGUGGUGCCACGUACUCGGAGCUUCGCAGCGUGUAUGAGGUUCGCCAACACGAAAUGCGCGACGUGGUCUUGGGAUCGACGUCGUUCUUGCGCCCCAAGGCGUAUCUGGAGAGCUUGGUGACGCUUGAAGACGUCACGCCGCCCGUGCUCAAGCCCAUCGAAGCGCUCGUGCACCCGUCCGAGAUCCAGCUCGAGAGCGUUGCCCUCGGCGACGCCAAGCGCUAG